AUGAUGGAUCGAACAAGAUUAUUUCAUGUUCUGAUCUCGUUAUGUCUUAUCCAUCAUACAAAAGCAGUUUCAGUUGCUACACAAAGUUUAUUGGGUUGUGGAACGAUUAGUCGUCCAAUGCGUAUGUAUCCAUAUAGUCCAGCUAAUUAUAAUUUCAAUACAAAUACACCUGGAACAUGUAUGCAAGCAUGUUCAGCAGCUGGCUAUGCAUAUGCAAGUGUGUCUGCUGGUCGAUUAUGUUUUUGUGGUUCGGUCGCAACUGAUACAACAAAAUUGAAUUCGACUACAACAUCAUGUCAAGUGAUUGCAUGUACUGGUGAUCCGACUGUUUAUUGUGGCGAUACUGAUUAUGAACUUGUUUAUACAUCAGUUGGUGAUGUUGAUUCGGCUAGUAUUACAUUCAGCAGUGGUGGAUCACCUAUGGCUUUAUCAAUCAAUCAAAAUUAUCAAUUUAGUGUUUCGUAUCAAGGUGCAGUUAAUUAUAUUUCUUAUCAAGUUAACUUUGGUGAUGGUACAAAAACAGGAUGGUUUAAUGGAACAGUAAAUUCAGCAACAACCGUAUCACAUAUUUUUUCAAGAACUGGACAAUUUUCCGUAUCAGUUGCAGCUCGAACAGUUGUUGGAAUGCAGCCUAAAAUGUAUGCACUAACAGUCAAGGUUAUUGAUCAAAUCUUACCAUUUGAUGUGUCAAUAACAUGUCCUAAUGUAACAGCAACCAAGAAGACAGUUUCAUGUAUUUUUACAUCCGUUCGUGGUACUGGUUUAACAGAUGCUUUCAGUUACAAUAUAGCUGGUUCAUCUCAUUCAAUUCUUAAUAUUCCAGAUGCAAAAUAUCAUUCAUAUGGUUCAUCAUCUGUUACAAAUAAUCCUACAACAGAUUCAUCAGCAAGUCUACUUGGAGCUAGUGAUAUUGCUAUUUUACCUCAAAGUACUGUCAAAGUUGCUGGUCGAUUAGCAACAAUACAAUUUUAUAGUUCCGGAGCUGGUACAAUUAACAUUUAUUUACUUCGUCGUGUUUGUACGGCACCAGCCAUGUAUUGUUAUGAUGCAAAUACAUGUGGUAGUUGUGCAAAUGCAUAUUCAUUACAAUGUUCAUCAAGUGUUUAUUCAACCGUAUCACGUUCGUGUGUUAAUGAAACAUCAAGUCAACGUUAUCAACAAUCGAUUUAUUCAGGUGCACAAUUUCAGGUUGUUGCUACAUAUCCAGUAACAACAACAGGAGCUGGUUAUCAACAAAUUAUUGCAAAUUCAUCAUCAACUAUGAAUCAAACAGCACUUGUCGGAGAUAUUCUAGCAUUUCAAGGUCCAUAUAUUGCAAAAGAAAUGACAACUGAUACAACUCAAGAUUAUCGUUGUAUAACUCCAACAAUAUCCAGUUCACAAUUUACAUGUUCUGUUGGAAAUAUAUCAUCAAGUGGUUCAACAUAUCGUUAUUUACUUCAAGUAACAAUUAUAGAAGCAGUACAAAUUGCACCAAAUAUGAUUUAUUAUGCUACUGGAAAUUAUAAUAUUACAAGUUCAAUAACACAAAAUAAUGUAACAUCACUUUCAGCUUCAACUAUAUUACCAGUUGUAGAUGGUAUCGAUUGGAUUGAAAUUGUUGCACCGUCUACAUCAAAUAUUAAUAUUAUGUUAUCAUUUAUGGCAAAUGUCUAUCCUUCGACUGCAACUGCUACAUUAUUCAUAUGGUAUAUCAAUGGUAAUAAUACAUAUAAUUCAACAACAAAUAUGAUGAAUGUAUCAUUUCCAAUUAUUGGUACAUAUAUUAUUGCUGCUCAAGCACAAAAUCUUCUUUCACAUGCAUAUAAUACAACAACAAUUGUUUUACAAGAUACAAUUACAAAUUUUACAUUAGUCGGUGCAAAUAUAUCAAAUGUUUCAAUUUCUCAACCAUCAGACGUAGCAAGAUUUCAAAUAAAAAUGGCAACAGGUAGUAAUUAUGUAUGUCAAAUUAAUUUUGAUACAACACAAACAACAACUAGUGUUUAUUACUAUACAUCGGGUUAUAUACCAGGCAGUUAUGUUACACAUCAAUAUUUAUUACCAGGUGUAUAUAAUAUAUUUGCUAGUUGUGUUAAUAGUGUAAAUAAUGCCACGUAUUCAUUAACUCAUUACGUACAAUAUCCAAUUACUGGUGUUCAAUUACAACAACGUGGUGUUGUUAAAGAUACAAGUUUUCGUAUAAAUAUUACAUUUACUCAAGGUACAUCACCACAAUUUCGAAUUUUAAUCGAUGGCGCACAAGUUAAUUAUACCUAUAACACUCAAAAUAAUCUUAUUCAAACAACUCCAUUUAGUGGUUCAUCAGGAUCAACUAAUUAUAGUGUUGAUAUAUAUGCAUGGAAUUAUAUUUCAUCUGUUUAUGUAUCUGAUACAUUUUCUGUUGUUUCAUUAAUAACUAAUCCACAAAUAAGAGCAUCAACUACAAAUAUACUUUUUCCAGGCCCAAUUCUAUUCGAAUAUACAAUGGAUAGUGGUUCAAAUACAAAUGUAACAUUUACAUUUAGUGAUACAGUACUUAAUAGUCCAGUUACAUGUUUAUACAGUGGUGAUUAUAUAACUGGUGUAUGGAGUAGUUGUUCAGGUACAAAUCAUACAUUUGCAAUUCCUGGUACAUUAACAGUUGUUGCUACAUUUACAAAUGCUGUAAGUACAGCAAUUAAAUAUUUAACAGUAACAUUAUCAACAUCAGUUAGAAACAUUCAAUUAUCAACUCUCUUACAAUUAAAUUCUGGUCAAUGUGCAGCUGCAUUCGUUGAUACUCGUGCUAUUGCUUCAUUUAUUGUUACAGCAUCAAGUACAACAGUUAAACCAGCUUCAAAUGCACAAGUUCUUAUUAUACCUGAUUCAGUUAAUCAACCAAAUGUUACACUAGGACCAUUUUCUUUAACAAUGGAUUAUUUUAGUUCACCAGCAGUAUCAUCUAGUGGACUUAAUGUUAUUUAUUCAGCCCCUGGAAAUUAUUCAGCUGUCUUACAAGUUAGUAAUAGUGUUGAUUCAGUCAAUAUUAGUUGUUUCAUAAGAGUUACAUCCAUUCUUCAAGCAGUUUAUUAUUCAAUUGAUUCAAUAAACUUUCCAUUUGGUAGAACAUUACCAUUUCAAACGGCAGUUUAUGUUACUGAUCCCAAUCCAGGUGCAGUUACUCUUUCAUGGAAUUAUGGUGAUGGUACACCAAUUGUGACUCGUUCACGAACAGCUCUUCAAUCUUAUCUAUCUGAUAAUGCAACACAUGUUUAUAGUGCAGUUGGUAUUUAUACCUUAUCAAUCAGUGCUAUGGGUCCAAUUAAUACUGUUGUACAAAAUUUUUCCAUUAAUGUUCAAUAUCCUGUCACAGCAUUUUCUGUAACCUUUGCAGGUGGAUCAAGUUCUUUAACUAACGUUUAUAGUGGAGCUUCAGUAGCAAUUCCAGUUUUAGUACAAGAAACAAGUUCACCACUUUCAACCAAUUCUCAUCUUAUUAUUAAUUACAAUGAUUCAAGUGCAUUAACAUCAAAUAGUAUUAUAAAUGGUUCUCUACCAUAUAAUGGUUCUUAUACAUUUACAACUCCAGGUGUAUAUUACGUUAAUUUUACUGUUUACAAUCUAGCUUCAGUCUUAACACAAAUAUAUAAAAUUUCUAUUAAUGCACCAUUUAAUAACUAUGCAUUAUCAGUUUGUUAUUUAUUAUCAACAUCAACAAGUGAUUCAUGUAAUUUAACAGUGAGCGGUGGAGUUUAUUCUGUACCUAAACAAAGUCAAAUAGUUGUUUAUGUAUCAUGGUCAAAUCCAAGUGGUAUACCUGAUGGAUUUAAUAUGUUAUUUAGAAGUGGUUCAACUCUUGUCUAUAAUCAAUCAUAUACAUUUAGUCAAGCAACAAAUGUAUCAGUUAUGGUUGGAGGCGUCUCUGGUUCAGCAUUAUUUCGUUUAGUCUAUAAUAUUCAAUUGAAUAGUCUAUUAAAAGAUGGAGCAUAUACUUUAGAAGUGCAAACUCAUAAUCCAACAUAUACAUCAACAUCAUCUUUAAAUAUAUAUAUUCUUUCAGCAGUUGCUGGCUUAGUAAUAAGCGAUAAGAAUAUUGUUGUUGCACAAAAUGUUCCAAAAACAUUCGUAGCUUUAUAUCAAAAUUUUUCAGCAAUAUCUUGUUUAUAUAUCCAAUAUUCAGAUAAUACUAUUCAAUGUUAUGGUGAUUCAACAUCAUGUUCAUCAUUACCAUCAGAUUUUCCAUCAACAUUAUCAUCAUGUCCAUUACCUAUUCAAUCAUUUACCUAUAAUAAUGGAUCAGUUUCAUUUACAAAAUCAUUUAAUAAAACUAGCGCAUAUUUAUAUGCUUAUGCAUGGAAUCGUAUGUCAUCUAUAAGUUCAAAAGCAUAUUUAUCAUUUCCAUUAACAUCAUCAGGUGGUUGUACUUUACCACAAAUUCAAUUUGCUAUAUAUAAUCCUUUAAUAUCUGGGCCACGAAUUAUACAACGUAGUGCAGCAUUUUCUGUUUCAACAACAACAACUCUCAAUUGUACAAUAUCAUUAAAUAAUACUAAACAAUGGGGUAUCUAUUUAUGUAAUGUUAAUACACAGGUGUGUACUCAAACAACAGCAUUACUUCAAUUGAUAUCACAAUUAGCAUCAGCAAAAACAUCAGAAAUUUAUUUACAAGCACAAGCAUUACCGACUGGUACAUAUUUAUUUAAUUAUACAGUUUCUAUGACUGCAGCACCAGGUUUUGCAUCAUCGGCUUAUACUUAUAUAACAAUUAUUCGAUCGAAUAUACAAGUUAAUUUACUUGCUAAUGGUACAUCAGUAAUAACAAAUGGUGUAACACAAACUCUUUUAUUUCAACCAGGUGUUUUUUCAGUUGAUCCUGAUUCGACUUAUUUUGAUCCGACAAGUUGGACAUUUGCUUAUUAUUGUCGUGUAUACGGAUUAGGUUCUUAUCCAAUGUCUAAUGGAAGUCAAUUAACACUUGACUCCACGAUUAUUGAUCCAGCCAAUCCAUCUUGUUUUGCUUCACCAGGCAAUACAAGUUUCUUCAACUAUGGACCAAAUAAUAAUCGAUCAUAUCUUUAUAUUCAACCACAUUCAUUAGCAACUUUACAAUCAUAUGAAUUUCAAACUAUCAUAACCAAUAUAUAUGAUACAACACUUCAAUAUUCAGGUUAUGCUUUAGUAACAAUUCAAGAGAUGGACUCUGUUUCAAUCUCUGUUAAUUGUAUUAUUAAAAUGUGUUUACCAAAUGCUGAAUAUCAACGAGUUAAUCCGACAUCACAAGCUCUUGUACAAUCUAGUUGUGUUUCAUGUGCAAAUGUUACUAAUACUAUUAUUCAAUGGAGUGUCUACAGCGGUAUUCAAACUAAUUAUCCAAAUGGUGAUAUUAAAUGGGUUCUAUUUUCAAAUAUAAGUGCAUACGAUACUAUAUUCUUUUACGGUCGAACUACAACAAAUUUUACAGUUGUAAGUGCAUUAUUUUUAAGUUAUCCAUCGGUUCAAUAUUGGCAAUUUUCAUCGACUUACACGGUUACAAGACCAAGUGGUAUAGCAAGUGGUUCAGGUUCUAUACGAUUUUCAAUAAAUUCACCACCUUCAGGUGGUGCAUGUACUACUGAUAAAACAAAUGGUACAACAAUGACAACUUUUACACUUACAUGUUCAAAUUGGUACGAUUCAGAUGGUAUUCAAGCUUAUACAUUUUAUGCUUAUACAACAACUAAUGGUACUCGUACACCUCUUGGUUUUACAUCAUUAACUAGUAUGAGUGCAUAUAUACCAAGUGGUGAUUCAAAUGCUAAUUAUAUAGUCCGAUUAUCAGUUGAUAUUAGUGAUAUUUAUGGUGCCGUUACAUCAUAUAAUCUGUCAUCUAUUACCGUUACGGUUGAUCAAACAGCAUUAGCAAGUAUUCUUGCAUUAUCACAGUCAACAUCAACACAAGGGGGUUCUAGUAAUGCAUUUCUUUCAAUGCUUUCUGCAGCUGAUCAAAAUACAGCUAGUCAAUUGAUUACAUCGAUAGCACAAACGCUUAAUACAAUGUCUGCAAAUACACAAGCAACUGCUAUAUCGUCAGGAGGUUUAUCUGCAGCAAGCCUUUCGGUAUCUGGAUUGUUUUCGUCAAGUUCAUCAUCAUCACCAUCAACAACCUCAAAUUCAUCAUCAAAUUCAUCCGCUAAUAGUACUGCUGCUUUAAUAGCGUAUACAGCUGUUGUGAAUUCACAAGCAGCUAUUCUAGACACUGCUGUACAAUAUCUUAGUAAUUUAACUAUAACAGAUAUUAAUAGUGUUUCACUUCAAGCAGCAGCAAUGAAUUCACUAUGUCAAAGUCCAUCAACAGUAACACGACAAUCAACAGCACUUGCUGCAUCAAAAUGUACUGACUUAGUUAAUGCAUUAAGUACUAUGUCUGAUACAUCAUCAUAUGAAGAUGUUCAGUCGGCAGUUAGUUCAAUCGCUCAAUUAGCAAGUAAUAUUGUUACAGCUGUGAAUACACCGUUGUUGAGUCGUGGAGUUACUCUUAGUUCGGAUUCUACGCGUGCUAAUACAUUACCAGCUGAUUAUGAAACAGAUCUUGAUUCUCCUUGGUCAAAUCCAAAUUUAUUUUCUGAUGGUGGUGAUUUUUCAGCAGAAACAAUAGAAAAAAAUCGUAAUAUUUAUUAUCAACAACAAAGUUCAAGUCAAGUUAGUGGGCAAAUGGAUCAAGUAUUAGCAUCAGCUGUUAGUAUUCUUAGUCUUCAUAUGAAUGUUGGACAAACAAAUGUUAUUACUACAGAUUCAAUUUCAAUGAUUACCCAAAAGAGAACAAUAAAUGAUUUAAAUUCAUUUAAUAUUUCACAAGCUGCUGGUACUUCAGUGAACUUUCCACAAUUAGAUUAUUGUGCCAUAUUAUUUAAAAAUCAAUCCUGCGCAAGUGAUUCACCAGUUACAAUUAAUUCUAUUGUAACGCCGAUGGCACCUGCUGGCAAUAACGGACGUUCACAAGUAUCUAUAAAUAUGUCUCGUAGUAUAGCAUUAGGUUUAAUAGAUCCAACUGGAACUACAAUGUUAGUUGAAGGUCUUUCAGAAUAUAUUCAAAUAAUCAUUCCACGUGAUACAAGUACUCCUUUACCAGCGAUGGCAUUUCAAAAUGUAACUGGACAAACAACAUCAACAACAGGAAAUAAUAAUCGACAAUUCUCAUUAUUUUAUGUCAAUGUUACAGGCCCAUCAGCAACUAUAACUCUAUCAGCAACAUUCGAAUUUAAAUCAGACAAUUCAGCACUUGGCUUUUUAGUUAUUUAUCGUUUUGAUGCUAUUCCAUAUUUGAAUAGUACCAUAAAUAAAACAAAUGGACAAAACGUUUUCUGUCCAAAUGAUCAAAUUGAUACAGCAAGUGAUGGUUAUUUAUAUUCAUAUUUUCUCGAUAAUAUAAAAACUGCUAAUCAUACAUAUACCAUGUUCGGUAUUCGUGAAUUAAACUCAACAGAAUUUAAUUCCUAUUGUUCAAAUAAUGGAACUCAACCAAAUUCAAGUGUACCUAUAACAGAUAAUCCAGUAAAUUUUACUGCAAAUUAUUACAUUCGUGUUUAUACAUCAGGUUGUUAUUAUAUUGAUUCAAGUAACAAUUGGCAAUCAGCUGGUUGUGUGGUUGGCUCAAAAACUUCGCAUACACAAACAGAAUGUUAUACGAAUCAUUUAACAACAUUUGCUGGUGGUUGGAUAGUCUUACCAGCACCAAUUAAUUGGAAUUAUGUAUUUGCUAAUGCUAGUUUUGCAAAAAAUAUGACAAUUUAUUUAACACUUAUACUCCUGUUAGUACUUUAUAUAUUAUUUAUGAUCUAUGCUCGAUAUAAAGAUAAGAAAGAUGUUGAAAAGCUUGGUGUUACUCCAUUGCCGGAUAAUAUUUUGAAUGAUAAAUAUUAUUAUCAAAUUAUUGUAUUUACCGGUCUACGACGAGAUGCUGGAACAGAAUCAAAAGUUCAUUUUAUUAUAUCUGGUGAUGAUGAAGAAACAGGUGUACGAACAUUUGAAGAUAAACAUAGAAAAGUUUUACAACGUGGUGGUAUCGAUUCAUUUAUUAUGGCUGUAUCAAAACCACUUGGUCGACUUAAUUAUAUGCGUGUUUGGCAUGAUAAUUCAGGUACAGCAAAUAAAGCAUCAUGGUUUCUUAAAUAUAUUGUUGUAAGAAAUUUACAAACAAUGGAAAAAAAUCAUUUUAUUUGUCAACAAUGGCUUGCUGUAGAAAAAGAUGAUGGAGUUGUUGAUCGAUUAAUACCGGUUGCAGGCGAUGAACAAAAACAAGAAUUCUCCUACUUAUUAUCAAAAAAGACAUUUCAUUCAAUGUCGGAUGGUCAUCUUUGGUUUUCAAUUUUUCUAAGACCACCAUCAAUACGAUUUACACGUUGUCAACGUUGUACAUGCUGUUUUGUAUUACUCUUAAUGGCUAUGCUUAUGAAUAUAAUGUAUUAUGAUAUAAAACCAGAUUCAAGUACACCUGGUGGAAUUACUAUUGGACCAUUUUAUAUUACACCAGAACAGCUUAGUAUUGGUUUAAUUGUUGAAUUAAUUUGUUUCUUACCAAGUACAAUUUUGGUUGAAAUGUUUCGUCGUUUACGUCCUCGUCGUCCUCCAGUACCACCUGUACGUGCAGCUCUUCAAAAAAUGCAAGAUGAACAACAACAAAAACAACAACAAGCUGCACUUAAUGAUAUACAUCCACAAUUAACUAAUUUUGUUGUUGAUAAGGAUCCUAUUCUAUCAAGGAAGGAACUUGAUAAUAUGCGAAAUACAUUAGCAACACCAUUACCUGAUAAACAAAAUUCAUCUCGUGUAAUUCAAGGAGAAUCAAAACCAAAAAAGAAAAAACCAAUGACUUUACCAUGGUGGUUUAUAUUUAUUGCAUACAGUUUUUCAUUUAUGGUUGUUUGUGUAUCCGGAUUUUUUCUUUUUGCACGUGGUGUUGAAUUUGGUGAUGAAAAAACACGUAAAUGGCUUACAUCAUCAGUUACUGGAUUUUUUUCAUCAAUACUUUUAACUCAACCAGUUAAAGUUGUACUAUUCGCAAUAUUUUUUGCAUUAAUUAUUCGUAAAGAUGAAGAUAUUGUAAUUGAUAAAGAUGAAGAUGAUAUAUUUCUUGAUGGUGAUGAAGAAUAUUUACAUGCAUUUGAUGAUCAAUCUUUAUUAACAUUUCGAUCAAAAUCUGGACAUAUACCAUUAUCAGAAGGUGAAAUAGCCUAUGCAAGACAAAAACGUUUGAAUGAAAUUAAAAUGUGGGAAAUCAUAAAAGAAAUACUUGCAUAUGGAUCAUUUUUAUGGAUGCUUUAUCUUGUUAGUUAUUCAAAUCGAGAUCCAAAUUCAUUUUAUCUUAUGCAACAUUUACAAUCAGAUUUUCUUAAUGUAAAUAGUGCAACUCAAGAUUUUACACAGAUUUCUCGUAUGACUGAAUACUGGGAAUGGUUAGAUAAUGUAUUUGUAAACAAAAUUCGUGCUUCUACAUGGUAUAAUGGUGAUCCACCAGCUAAUCUAGCUGGUUUUAUUGCCGAUCGAACAAAUCGUGUACUUGGUUGGGCAUCAAUACGUCAACUACGUGUUAAAACUGAUUCAUGUACAAUUAUGUCAGCAUUUAAAAAUCUGUUUUCGUCUUGCGAAGCUGGAUAUGAUAUGUUCAAUGAAGAUACACAUUCAUAUUAUCCUGGUUGGACAUCUCUAUAUAAUUCAACUGUUGGUCCACUUUCAAAUUAUUCAACAAAAAUAAGUAAUGCAUUUAUGUACAAUAAAAGUGAUACACUUGGUACAUAUUCAUAUGCUGGUGAACAUGCAACAUAUAGUGGAGGUGGUUAUGUAUAUGAAUUUCGUGGAAAAAUGAGUGACAUUGUAUCAAAUUUAUCAGCAUUAAGAGAAUUAUCAUGGAUUGAUGUACAGACAAGAGCUGUUAUAAUACAAAUGAGUCUUUAUAAUCCAAAUGUAAAUUUAUUUACACUUAUUACUAUUCUUGCCGAAUUUUUACCAACAGGUGGUGUUUAUACAUCAGCACGUUUCGAACCAAUAACAUUAUUAAGCUCAUUUGAAGGUUUUGCUUUAUUUAAAUUAAUUUGUUCAAUUGCUUAUAUGGGAUUUAUAAUCUAUUAUAUGCAAAGAGAAAUUCGUUCAUUAUUAAAACAACGUAUGGCAUACUUUCGUGACUUUUGGUCAUAUGUAGAAGUUGGUAUAAUUGCAUGUUCAUGGGCUGGUUUAGGUGUUUAUGUAUGGCGUAUACAUGAGGGUAAUCGUGUUGGUGAAUUAUUCAAAGAAACAAAAGGUUAUACGUUCAUUAGUUUACAAUUGGCAACAUAUGUCGAUGAUAGUUUAACAUUCCUAUUAGGAUUUUGUUGCUUCUUUGGUACAGUUAAAUUUCUUCGAUUAUUAAGAUUUAAUCGUAGUUUAUCAACAUUAUCUGGAACAUUAAGUUAUGCAUUAAAAGAUUUAAUAGCAUUUUCGGCUAUGUUUGCAAUAAUUUUUAUAAGCUUUUUAACAUUAUUCUAUCUUUUAUUGUCUUCAAAAAUUAUGGAAUGUUCAGAUCCAAUAAGAGCUGCACAAAUGUUAUUUGAAAUGAUGUUAUUAAAAUUUGAUGUAUCAGGUUUACUUGCUGCUGAUCCUUUUCUUGGACCAUUCAUUUUUGUAUUAUUCAUUAUAUUUGUCGUUUUUAUUUGUAUGACUAUGUUUAUUGCAAUUAUAGCUGAUUCAUUCCGAGUUGUUCGCGAAAAUGUUGCAUUACAAGGUAAUGAAUACGAAAUUGUUGGCUUUAUGAUAAAUCAAUUCAAGAAAGUGACAGGCUUGGGUACAACUCAAGAAGCGGAUCGUUUACAUUUGAAUCCAUAUGAUGGUAGUAAAGUUCAUUAUCAUGACCCGAUCACAUCAUUUCCUGAUAAGAUGGAUGAAUUAAUAGUUGCAUUAAAUAAAAUUUAUAUGGAUACAAAACGUAAUGAUACAUUUACACUUCGUCCAAACGAGAAUAAUAAUCCAUUGGAAACAGAUAGAAAUGAUCCAGAUUUCGUACCAAAAAAGAAGAAUAAAAAAAUGAUUUGA